AGCCAGGGACUUUGAAUAAGCUGAUGUGACAUAUGAUAUAACAACUGAAGAACACCAUUCAAAGGAAGCUUUUAGUCACCUCAUGCUCCGCCCCAUUUUUGUAAAUACGGCUUGUUAUAUCAUAUGUCACAUCAGCUUAUUCAAAGUCCCUGGCUGUAUGCACACACGGAAAUGGUUUUGGUUUGAGAAUAGUAGGGUACAGGUGCUGUGUGAGUGUAUGAAUGUAGUGUGUGAGUAUUCACAGGCUUUCAUUUCAAGCAGUGAGCUGUUACAGUGUGACGGGUCAGGUCUACACAGAUACUAUAACCUUUCACCAAAGUAUAGCUCUGAUUUACCGUAUCAAAAUUAAAAUUGCCUGAAAAUUCUUCUGGAACUUUGAGAGAAGGAUGGGGACAGUCUCUGAUGACAUUAGAAGGCUUUUGGAGGACUGUGAGCUCUUUGUAUCAGAUAUCCUACAGGACGAGAACCUCAGUAAACAUGCCAGAGAAACACGGGACGUCCUACUUAAUAACUUCAGGGUGGUCCACUCCAGAAAUCCUCAGGAGUUUCCUUUCAGAUCUGAGCCCAGACAAGAGGACAGUUCAGAUGACAACCAGAGCUCAAGUCUGGGCCGCUCGGCCCCCUCAGACGACCUGUCUGUGGCCUCUGACUACCAGGACGAGGGCUCUCCUGAGUACUUUGAGGAGAUCCAAUUGGUGGCAGCCCAGGAUCUCAGUAACAUCUUGAAACAAGGCUACCUGGAAAAGAAACGACGGGAUCACAGCUUCUUCAGCUUAGAAUGGCAAAAGCGAUGGUGUGUCCUCAAUAACACAAUAUUCUACUACUUUGGGAGCGACAAGGACAAGCAGCAGAAGGGCUCCUUCUAUAUCAAUGGCUACAGCGCAGAGCUGGUGGCCAACCUACGUAAAGACUCCAAGAAGAAUGCCUGCUUUGAGCUGAGUGCCCCUGACCGACGCUCCUUCCAGUUCACUGCUAGCAGUCCGCGAGAGGCCAGGGAAUGGGUGGAUCAGAUCAACUUUGUCCUGAAAGAUUUGAGUUCCAGCUUCAUCCCCUUUGAUGACGAUGAGGAAGAGGAAGAGGAAGAGGAGGAGGAGACCUAUGAUGACAUUGAGGGGGUGACCGGGGCGGCCAGCCCUCCCCCUCGUCCCACCCCCGCCCCCGUCCUGCCCCAGCAGGCCAAAGCCUCUCUCAGUAGCCAGGAGGAAUGGAGGCCCAAGCAGGGGGGGCAAGAGGAAGCAGAGGAGGAUGAUAUCUACGAGGUGCUCCCAGACGAUGACUUUCCAGAACCAAUUGAGGAGAUAAGUGAGAAGAGCACAAAACCAGUCUGGUCCAUGGACUAUGCCAACUACUACCAGGGCUUGUGGGACUGUGAGGCAGACGAGCCUGAUGAGCUGGCCUUCCAGAGAGGUGACCUCAUCUAUAUCGUCAGUAAGGAGUAUAACAUCCAUGGCUGGUGGGUCGGAGAGCUAAAUGGUACCAUCGGUAUCGUCCCUAAAGACUUCCUCCACCCUGCCUACAUCCUCUGAGCUCCAAGAAGUACUGGAUCACUCUCUUAUUGUUAAGAUUAUAAAAUAAUUUAAUGGAGUAAUGUAGCGUAACAGGUCUCCUGACACCCACUGAGAUAGCCAUUGAGAGAGCAGGAGAUGUGUAUAUUCGCAGCGCUUGGCCGGCCAUUUAGGACAUCUGGUGGCUGAAAGUAGAACUGCGUGGGAAAUUGAAUCAGCAUUUAUAGACAGGUUGGUUGUUUAGCAACAAAACCGACGUGUGCGCAACUAUGGGGCAAAAUAACUGGCUUAGGUGGUUGACAGCAUGUAAACUAUAUUUAGUCUCUAAAUGUUUAUUGAAAAUGUAAAUAUAUUUGCACAAUGAGCACUUGUUGUCUCUCAAAUACAUAGUUACAGUUGUUGGUUAGCUAGCUAAUUCAUUUUUAGCCAUAUUAGCGUAGACGUGUCAUGAGUCAAAACAAGAAAUGGUAUCAAUAACAAGAUGCAAUGAGCUGAAACGAGCCACCUACGAUUCCCCACAUGACAGCUUCUUCUCAUUGUUGCUAGCUAUCUGACCAUCCAGAAUCAUUACACCACAUGGCCUUCUGCAUCAUCGACAUGCGCGCAUCGUUGUUUCUUGACAUUGUCAGCUAACCCGUCUUUAUAGAUAUUGAUAUGCUCAGUAAUGCUUAAUUAUAGCAUCAUUGACAUCAUCAUUGGAUUGGGAAAAAUUAUUCCAACUAUACGCCAUAGAAAAAAUAUCACACUGCACAAUACUACAGGAACUGUAUGUUACACGUUCCGCUCUGAUGAUCGUUUAUCUUUGUAUUAUGCCUUACUUCUUUCUACAGUUGAGUGAUGUGACUGACUGCGUUCCCAGUCCCAAACACUGAACACUUCGAGAUUGAUGACAAACUGAGAUAUUUUAUUAUUUCGUAAUAUAAUGUAAUGCAAUGCUGUUAGUGUAAGGUUUUUGUAGAAUGUUUUUGUAAAGAUUGACUUAAUUUCCAUGCAUAAAUGACAUUACCUUGGUCCUUCAGAGGCCUUUGGUCUACACAUUGAAUUAUGGAUCAUGUGAAAAGGUUUCCUCUAUCCAAUUGUUUCCAGUGUGCAGUAUUUGUACCCAUGUGUGUGAAUGGGAAUGGCCAGAUAUUUAUGAAACAUUAUGCCCUUGUGACUAAAAUAAGAAAUCCUCACCUCUGAGUGAACUGGGGGCUAUUUGACAUUACAAAGCAUACUGACUUGUGCCUUCAACAGCCUUGUGUCUGAAGGAAGGCUACAGUGCGUGUUAUCUUGAUGCUGACAUUAAGAUAUAUAGGCAACAAGGGUUCAGGCUUGCUCCACUAUCUUGUUUCAAUUAAGAGUUUGAAAUUGGAAUACCUGAUAAUUAACAAUAUCAAGAAAAAUACUAUAUUUUGAUUGUUGAGCUUGUACAAAUAUAUUUUCUUAGCCUAGUGGUUGUGUUUUUCUUAUGGUUUGGGCCUACUGGCCUUUUAUGUCCGAGUGAAUUGAUUGAGUGCUUAUGCUUUAACAUCAUGCUGUUUGUGACUGCUGUCUUUCUAUACGCUUUUUGUGUUUUAAAAGAAGUGCACUCUCCUACACAUCAA